AAUUGGUUUUUGGAUGGGCAAUGAUCAGUGGUGUCUCAACUCCAGGACGAGGAAACUGACGUAGCUUGUAUCGACCUUUGUGAAUUGAUGGAGAUUCCAUUUUCUUCACGACAAACUUUCACAAACCUUAUUAAACAUCACUUUCUCCCUUCCCUUCCUUCCCUUGUUUCCCAGCUUUGAUUUAGAGAAAGAGAGCGAAAGAUGUUGCAGUGCAUAUUUCUUCUGUCAGAUUCCGGAGAGGUAAUGCUAGAGAAACAGCUUAGUGGGCACCGCGUAGAUCGCUCCAUAUGUGCCUGGUUCUGGGACCAAGCCAUUUCUCAACCUGAUUCCUUCAAGCAACAGCCAGUUAUUGCUUCUCCCACACAUUAUCUAUUCCAAGUUUUUCGUGAGGGGAUCACUUUUUUGGCCUGCACUCAAGUCGAAAUGCCUCCAUUGAUGGCCAUUGAGUUCCUUUGUAGGGUAGCUGAUGUUCUCAAUGAUUAUCUUGGGGGGUUGAAUGAAGACUUGAUCAAAGACAACUUUGUCAUUGUAUAUGAGCUUCUGGAUGAGAUGAUAGACAAUGGCUUCCCGCUAACUACGGAACCUAAUAUCCUGCAAGAGAUGAUAGCUCCACCAAAUAUUGUUAGCAAAGUCUUGAGUGUUGUGACUGGAAGCAGCUCCAAUGUGAGUGAUACCCUUCCAGUUGCUACUGCAUCUCUUGUUCCCUGGAGAACGGCAGACACAAAGUAUGCCAACAAUGAAGUUUAUGUAGAUCUUGUUGAAGAAAUGGAUGCAACAAUAAACAGGGAUGGAGUUCUGGUGAAAUGUGAGAUCAAUGGUGAGGUUCAAGUGAAUUCCCAUAUCACAGGUCUUCCUGAUUUGACUCUUUCAUUUGCAAAUCCUUCAAUCCUUGAUGAUGUGAGGUUCCAUCCCUGUGUUAGAUAUCAGCCCUGGGAAUCCAAUCAAAUUCUUUCCUUUGUGCCUCCUGAUGGACAAUUUAAGCUUAUGAGUUACAGAAUUAGAAAAUUGAAGAACACCCCGAUAUAUGUAAAGCCACAAUUGACUUCAGAUGGUGGAGCAUGCCGUGUGAGUAUAUUGGUUGGCAUAAGAAAUGAUCCUGGAAAGACAAUUGAUAACGUAACUCUGCAGUUUCAACUUCCUUCUUGCAUCUUAUCAGCUGAUCUGACUUCGAAUUAUGGAAUAGUAAACAUCCUUGCUAACAAGACAUGCUCUUGGUCAAUUGGUCGGAUCCCAAAGGAUAAAGCCCCUUCAAUGUCAGGAACAUUGGUGCUGGAGACUGGAUUGGAUCGCCUUCAUGUCUUUCCCACAUUUCAAGUGGGUUUUAGGAUUAUGGGUGUUGCCCUCUCUGGUCUGCAAAUAGAUAAACUAGAUCUGAAGACCGUACCUUACCGUUUUUAUAAAGGUUUUCGAGCUCUUACUCGGGCAGGGGAAUUUGAAGUCAGGUCAUAAUUUUGUAUUUAACAUUGAGUGAUCUUAGACUUGUAAUGAUUCUGGACAUGAAAUUUUGUUGCAUGUACACGGCUAGUUUCAUUUGUAAAGAGUUGAUAGUGUUCUCUUCUGAUUUCAAAUUAUUUUCUUUUUAGGAUUGAUAAGUGUUUCGGUAUUGGAAUUAUCCUGGAUUUAUGAGAGAAUCGUGCGAGUUGUAUUUUGAAUCUGAUUUCUUUUAUUAACGGUUGGUAUUAUUGAGAACGAUUUGUCGUUUUUAAUGAUCUUA